CACAGCGAAAAGACUUGACAUUCACUGGAAUCACUCAUUCACGCUCACUUGCGUCGGGACUUGCUUCCGAAGGCUAUAAAAGCCUCCGAGGUAUCAGUUCCCAGGCUGUGAGGCGGAAAUCGAGUCGAGCAGACAGCCAGAGCGAGUGAGAGAGUGAGUGGAUUUUCAUUCAGGCUGUGGGAGAAUAAGAGAUCGUCUGUGUGAGAUUAGAGAAGGGGGAAGGGAAGGGGCAGGCGAGGAAAUAUGGCUUCGAACGGAGUGAAUGGAACCACCAAUGGGCUGUACGAGGCCACAAACUUGGACAAGGAGCUGUACUGGCCCGAGAAGAAGUUGCGAAUUUCUGUGACAGGUGCCGGGGGUUUCAUCGCCUCGCACAUUGCCAGGAGGCUCAAGAGCGAGGGGCAUUACGUGAUUGCUUCCGAUUGGAAGAGGAACGAGCACAUGACCGAGGAUAUGUUCUGUGAUGAGUUCCAUCUGGUCGACCUCAGGGUCAUGGAAAAUUGUUUGAAGGUCACACAGGAUGUGGAACAUGUGUUCAACUUGGCCGCCGACAUGGGAGGCAUGGGAUUCAUUCAGUCCAACCACUCGGUCAUCAUGUACAACAAUACCAUGAUCAGCUUCAACAUGCUCGAAGCCGCCCGCAUCAACGGUGUUAAGAGAUUCUUCUACGCAUCAAGCGCAUGCAUUUACCCAGAGUACAAGCAGUUGGACGUCGACUGUGUCAGCCUGAAGGAAGCCGACGCCUGGCCCGCUGAGCCACAAGAUGCCUACGGUUUGGAAAAGCUUGCGACCGAAGAGCUGUGCAAGCAUUACACCAAGGACUUCGGAAUGCAGUGUAGAAUUGGACGAUUCCACAACAUCUACGGCCCCUACGGAACCUGGAAGGGAGGACGUGAGAAAGCCCCUGCUGCUUUCUGCAGAAAGGCGAUCACCUCCACCGAGAAGUUCGAAAUGUGGGGAGAUGGCAAGCAGACCAGAUCAUUCACAUUCAUUGACGAAUGUGUCGAGGGUGUCCUCCGAUUGACCAAGUCAGAGUACUCUGAGCCAGUAAACAUCGGAAGUGACGAGAUGGUGAGCAUGAACGAGAUGGCAGAGAUCGUGCUGAGCUUCGAGGGUAAGGACUUGCCGAUCGAACACAUCCCCGGACCCGAGGGAGUGAGGGGAAGGAACUCCGACAACACUUUGAUCAAGGAGAAAUUAGGAUGGUCUCCGACAAUGAGGCUGAAGGACGGUCUUAGAAUCACAUACUACUGGAUCUUAGAGCAGGUCGAGAAGGAGAAGGCUAAGGGUGUGACUAUGGACACGUACGCCACAUCGAAGGUCGUGGGCACGCAGGCACCCGUAGCGUUGGGCUCCCUGCGCGCAGCCGACGGCAAGGAGUGAGGAGGAGCCGUGAUUUUGACACUAUUGCCGUAUGGGUGGGGGUGCCCUGAGAUCUGAAUUGGAAGGACGGAAACGAUUCCUCUGUCCUCUGAGGCUCCGAGCGCUGGAUGCAUACUGCAGCUACUCUGGUUAGAGAUUAUGAGAGUCACAGUGAGCUCCAGCGCCGGAUUUUCCACCGCACACGAUAACGUUGUUAGUGCUUCGGCUGCACAGUACAUAAAUGUGAAUGGAGCCUAGCGGCUCAUAAUCGAAAGCAACGAGGAGAUCUACCUGGUUCCUCCUCUACCUUAAAACAAAAGCCAACCAGGUCAUAACCCUUGAGCGAAAGGGUUUCACAUAAUUCGGCAGCUGCACUGGAGAUGCAAGUAGGAAACCAACACUCGGUUAUAGGACUAUCUAGAACGUCGGGAUCUAGUCUCCGUUCAAAUGUGAAGAUCUACAAAGUUCUAAUACAAGUUCUUAUACAUAGCAGCCAUAUUUUUGACC